CCUGACUCUGGAUCUCGGCUCGUGCACGCGUUCCGCGACGCGACAGAACAAAGUCACAUCCGGAGUCCACGCGCCGCGUUGUUGUUGACGUCACCGCCGCGAACUCCGUUAGAAAACGCUCCUGUUUUCAGUGUCCCUGCUGCCGCGUGGAAGGAAACACCUCCUGUGGGUUUUCCACCGCUUCAGUGUGUCAGCCAGCGUGUGGUGGGGAAUUCGGGAUGUGAGGGAAGCUUUAAACUCCACUUUAUUAGAAUUAAAUCCAGUUUUCAUGCGCGUGUGCUGGUGUGUCUGAGCUGAAGUGCACUGAGGAGUCCUGUGGGAAACCCACGGAAAACACGGGAAACAGUGGACGUUUUAGUGAGGUGAAUGCCAAACAGCUCCAGGAUGCUGCCGUCCUCAUCCCUGCUAACCUGCUGUUCACCAGGGGGCAUUUGAUUGACCAAACAUGAUGAAAACCGAACCCCCUACGGCCACGGGAGGCAACGGCGCCUCCAGUGGGAGCGGUGGAGGGAGCAGCGGGAAUUCCAGUCUGCGGAGCCCCUCCCCCCAUCGCAACGCCUACGAGGCAGGGCUUGCGGCGCUGAAGAAGGCGACUGACCACCUCAACAAUGCCGCCAACAGGGGUGUGGAUCCUGACUCGAAGCCUGCUCUCUUGCCCCGCCCGACCGGGAGGGGCCGGAAGUAUGGAUCAAACGUUCACCGUAUCAAGAACAUGUUCAUGCAGAUGCAGUCGCCUGGUGACGAGGAAGAUGGCGCUAAAAUGAUAGCAGUUAAAGACCAGGUGGUGAAAUUAUCUCUGCCAAGAGCAUCAAGUCUCAAUGAGAAUGUCGACCACAGUGCUCUUCUUAAACUUGGGGGCACAGUGUCAGAGAGGGUCAACCGAUUUGAUUCCAAAGUUGGCUUGGAAGGUGGAGGCUUCUCCAAGCUCCAGGAGACCAGGAGGAUCUUUGAACAGCGGACUCUGCAGGAGAAGCAAGCGGCGACAAACCGGAUCCUGCUAAAGAAGGAGCGGGCGUCUGGUUUCCAGGAUGGGCGCCUGGAUGUCGUGGCUCGUUUCAAUGGCUCCACUGAAGCUCUGGACCGGCUGGAUGACCCUCCUGCCGCUGCCCCUUCCUCCGCCCCCGCCCCUGUCGCUGCCCCCACCCCCGCCGUUGCCCCUGCCCCUGCCCCCGUCCCUGCCCCCACCCCGGCCCCUGCUCCUGUUCCAGCUUCUAUUCCGGCUCCUGCAGGUGUAAUCGGGCCUGGUGAGGCUGUUAGCCCCACGGUGAGCCAGCUCAGUGCAGUGUUUGAGAAAGGUGAACUACAAAACAAUGUCUACCUCCAGAACCGUCGGUCAGGCCCCGCCCUAGCACCAAAACCCAAACCUCCUGCCAGGACAGAGGCCACACUGAGGAAGGCCACUGUGGUCCCUCCAGGAAAGGACGGCCAAGAGGAGGCGACAACAGGAGUUACAGCCAAUCAAGCAGCAGAGCCACCAAAAGAGACAAGUUCUCCACCUGGGAGCAUAGGAGGAGUCCUGACGAGUGAGGACAAAGACAUGUCCGGACAGUCGGGAGAUGGACACUCCAACUCUUCCAACUCCUCAUCUUCCUCAGUGGUUGUGACUUCCUCCUCUUCUCCUUCAGAGGCCAAACCAGAGUUGGAGGACCAGACAGCUUCUGAGGGCCCGUGUUCGAAUACAGCAGUUUCUUUGGAUCAGGAAGGACAGGAUCAGUCCGCAGUGGGGUCCGAAGCUGGAGCUAGACUUGUUCAAGCUGAGGUUCACGCCUCCCUGGAAAAUGGAGAAAAAGAGCCUCCGUCUUCCUCUCCCUCCUCCGAGGAGAAAGGACUGGACUAUGAGAGGAAGGGGGAGGAAGAGGAGGAGAAUGAUGACGAUGGCUCAAGGAAGGAGGAUUACUCUGAGGGGGAUCUGGUGGAUAUCAGCGCAUACAGUGGGAUCGGGGAGGAGGAUUCUGGGGGCAGUCAGUUGGAUGAUGAGGAGGAUGAGGACGAAGAGGAAGAGUACCAUCCGGAGACCAGCUGCUCAGAGAUCCCAGGCCUACCUGAGGAAGAGGAGCCUCCACCAAGCAAUAGGAAGAUCCAGUUCAGCACUGAGCCAAUCAAGGUCUUUACCACCUAUUCUAACGAGGACUACGACCGGCGUAACGAUGACGUGGACCCCAUGGCGGCGUCGGCCGAAUACGAGCUGGAGAAAAGAGUGGAGAAGCUGGACCUGUUUCCUGUGGAGCUGGAGAAAGACAGCGACGGUCUGGGCAUCAGUAUCAUCGGUAUGGGCGCAGGAGCUGAUAUGGGACUGGAGAAACUGGGAAUCUUCGUCAAGACGGUGACUGAGGGCGGAGCCGCACAGAGAGACGGCAGGAUCCAGGUGAAUGACCUGAUAGUGGAGGUGGAUGGGACCAGCCUGGUGGGCGUCACUCAGAGCUUCGCUGCCUCCGUCCUCAGAAACACCUCCGGCACCGUCAGGUUUACGAUUGGCCGAGAGAAGCCAGGUGAGCAGAGUGAGGUGGCUCAGCUGAUCCAGCAGACUCUGGAACAGGAGAGGUGGCAGAGAGAGAUGAUGGAGCAGAGAUACAAGCAGUACAUGGACGAGGACGAGGAGACGGGUGAAUAUGCCACAGAUGAGGAGGAAGAGAUGAGUCCCAUGUUUCCAAACUCUAUAGAAGUUUUCGACCUGGCGGAGAACCAAGACAUGCUGUCUCCUGUGGAACUGGACCCUGAGAAACUGGCCCACAAAUUCAAGGAGCUCCAGAUUAAACAUGCUGUAACCCAGGCCGAGAUCCAGCUGCUGAAACGGAAGCUGGCUCACGCGGAACAGGAUAAGUUGCGUUGGCGAAUGGAGCGUGCUCAGUUGGAGCAAAACAUCCGGGACAGUAAAGAGAGGAUGGAAAAACUGGAGGGCUACUGGAUGGAGGCGCAGAGUCUGUGUAAGGCUGUGGAUGAACACCUAAAGGAAACCCAGGCUCAGUACCAAACCCUAGAGAGGAAAUACAGCAAAGCCAAGAGACUGAUUAAAGAAUACCAGCAGAAGGAGAUCGAGUACCUGAAGAAGGAGACGGCUCAGCGGCGAGCACAGGAAGAGACUGAGGCCACACACAAAGAGGAGACGGACAACUUACAGGAAAAAAUAACAGACUUGGAGACCAAAGUGGACGCCCUGAAGAGCCCCAAACCCUCCUAGAGCCUCUGCUGCUACGUCCUACCUCCUGUCUGAACUGGAAGAGGAGGAGCUAUGCCUUCAUUUGAACUGUGUUCCAUUUCAACCAAUCACGUCCUGCACAGACGGGGGGAAAAGUCAAAGAAUAUCAAGGUUGUACAGGAUCGGAAAAGGACAGCGACACAAACAAACAAUCCCAAAAACACCACCUCUCACCUGUGACAUCUGCCAGUGGCUCAAUCCCAGAAUGCAUCUCCUGUAAUACCCAGAAUCCUCCUCCUCCUCCUCAUGUGUCUUCCUGGUAACCUGCUCGGCAAUCAGUGUGGAAACAGACGUCGUUUUCCUGCCAGUCCCAUUCAUUGGCCUGUUCUUUAUUUACAGAUGGUCUAUUUUCACGUCUCGUCCUCAUCCUACCUGGAUUCUAUCGUCACUGACUCCAGUUUAUAUGAAAAAAAAAAGCGCUUUUAAUAAACAGGCUCGUCACAA